ACGGAAGUAAGUGAAACUUCGUCUUCCUCAACCCAAAAAUGUCUUCUCUAAUCUGUAGUGGGCUAACGCUAUUCACCGCGGCAGCUGUUGCUUUUCAGAUAAUUGGACUCUCGUUUUUCGUCUUUGGGUUCUUCCCCGUCAAACCUGCACUAUCCGGUGACAGUGGUUCGGAAAGUUUUCGUGCGCCCACCUGCUAUUCAAUGGGAAACGAUAGUGAGAGAAAUCUACCUCCUUAUGAACUCCAAUCUCUAUAUCAGGAAUUGUCUGGUCUUCCUCCUUUGUUUGAUCGACUUAUUCUAAUGGUUAUUGAUGGUCUCCCAGCAGAAUUUGUGCUCGGAAAAGAUGAACGGCCUCCAAUCAAGGCCUUGAUGGAAGCCAUGCCAUAUACUCAAUCAUUGUUGGCAAAUGGAAUUGCAAAAGGUUACCACGCAAAGGCUGCACCUCCAACUGUUACGAUGCCCCGUCUGAAGGCUAUUGUAUCUGGAGCUAUCGGAGGAUUCCUUGAUGUGGCUUUCAAUUUCAAUACUCAAGCUCUACUUGAUGACAAUCUUCUGGGAAAAAGCCACAUUGUGAGUCUGAAAGUGAGAUCAAAUUUACAUAUUAUAGGUCAGUUUUCUAAACUUGGUUGGAAAAUGGUGAUGUGUGGAGAUGAAACAUGGCUUAAACUGUUUCCGGGGCUCUUUAUGAGGGAUGAUGGAGUUAGCAGCUUUUUUGUUAAAGAUACUGUAGAAGUAGACAAAAAUGUUUCUCGACAUUUAAGCUAUGAGCUUAGCAAGAAUGACUGGAAUCUUCUAAUUCUUCAUUAUUUAGGCUUGGACCAUGUUGGGCAUACUGGUGGUCGAAACAGUCCCUUAAUGGCUCCAAAACUUAUGGAAAUGGAUGAAGUAGUGAAGAUGAUUCAUGCCACUGCCGUCAUGAACCCAGAUGAUAAAAAAAGGACGCUUUUGGUUGUAGUGAGUGACCAUGGGAUGACUGAAAAUGGCAAUCAUGGUGGGUCAUCGUAUGAAGAGACUGAUUCCCUUCUUCUUUUUAUUGGAUCAAAAAGUCAUGCCACCGACUUUCCAUCAAGUAUCGGCAAUGAUGUUAACCAGGUUGACAUUGCACCAACACUAGCUCUUUUAUUUGGUGUGCCAAUUCCCAAAAACAACGUUGGUGUCAUGAUUCCAGGAGUGAUAGACUCUUUGAAGGAUAUGCAUCAACUGAGGGCACUCCAAUUGAAUUCUUGGCAAUUGCUUAGAUUGUUACAGAAACAGGUACCUGGUUUUCAAUGUGGAAGUUUCCCAUGUGAUGGCUUUUCUGAUGAUCAAGGAUAUAAUAGUGAUGAUGUUAUGGAGAAAUUCUGCCGGAUGUAUUUGCAUGCUGCAGUUCUUCAUGAUUCCUGGAUAUCAACAGAGCAAUCCAGAUCUGAUAGCAGAGAAGACAAAAGUGGAAUUAUUGCAGCAUACUAUGAGUUUCUCAUAAAUGCAAAUCAAUGGUUAUCACACAAAGCUACUGAUAAACCUUCUACAGUUAUUGUUUUUGGGGUGAUGUCAAUGAUCCUAUCAUUUCUGAUAUUUUCUACCGUCAUUUACUCUCUUAUCCAAGAAAUUUAUUCUGGAGAAAAGCAACUGUUCAGUGGUAUCUUUACUCGGCAUCUUGAUGAGGGUUUUUCUCUAUCUGUAAUAUUCAUUCUGUUGAUCAGUAUGGGAUCCAGUUCCAUGGUUGAGGAAGAGCAAUAUAUUUGGCAUUACUUGAUCUCGACAUUGAAUAUACUUUUCCUUCGUAGAACGGUGCAGUUCUGUCAAAAAGAAAGCACCUGUCGUGUUUUUUAUUUGUUCAAUGGACAUGAAAGAGUUUGUAUAAAGGCAUCUUCCAUCUUUACCCUCCUUAUCACUGGAAGAAUUUUAAGGGGUUGGCAUCAAGGAGGUGUGAAUUGGACUCAUCUCCCAGACAUAUCCAAAUGGCUUGAGCAGUCAGGGACUGAUCUUCAGCUGAUUCAAUUGACCGCUGUCAUCCUUACAAUAAUAUUAAGCUUAUUUUCUCUAUCUUUAUUAGGAAGGAGAAUGAAAAUUGUUCUAAUUGUUGGAUUUAACUUUUUGAUGUCGGGAUUGCUAGUGUUGUAUCAUAUCGUGAAAUAUCAACACAGUGCAUCACUAUCAUCCAGCAAUGCAGCUACUUCAUUAGCACAAAUAAUUUAUGCAACUCUUGGUGUUUCUACUGUUGGGACUGUUCUUGCUGUACCAUGGAUUAUGCCUAUUCAGAUUUCCAAGGAAUGUUCUAACGAUCACAAUCACAACUCUGCAGUCUCCGAUCCUUUAAACAUUGGGAGUCAGUCUCAAUAUCUAGAACUGAGAUAUUCUUUAUAUAUUAUCGGGUGGGUGUACAUAGGGUCUUGGUGUCUUCUGCAGUUGCUGCUUCAACAACCUGUUAACUCAGUUGUCACGUUACUCAUUCUGAUGCAGAUUUUUGCCAGUUUUCUAUUCUUUUUUCAAGGGAUGCUGCAGCAGAAGCAAUGGGUUGAGGUUGCUGUGUUGUACUAUAUAGGAAUGGCUGGCCAUUUUGCGCUGGGGAAUAGUAAUUCUCUAGCUACAGUCGACGUUGCUGGAGCUUUCAUUGGCAUUUCAAACUACUCGACCUUACUUUCUGGCAUAUUGAUGUUCAUCAUCACCUAUGCAUCACCGAUGCUGCUGCUGCUAAGUAUGGUGAUGUAUAUCUCAAUUAAAAAUCUAGACAUUGCUGCCUCUCCUCAAAAUGUAGAUUUUGGACUUGUUCUAAAGAGGAUUCUUGGCCUUCCUUGUCUGGUUCCACUGACUAUCAAUUCGAUCCUGUUGUUGGCAUACACAAUAGUACUAAUCUUAAUGAGGAAUCACCUCUUUGUUUGGAGUGUUUUCUCUCCAAAGUAUUUAUACGCAUGUGCCACGACUGUGUGUAUCUUGAUCGGAGUCUUUAUCGUGGCAACAACAAUAACCUAUGCAUCUAUGGUGCUGGUGCUGCGCAAAAGCUAUAUGAGUCUCCAUCAGUGACACGAAAUAAGAGCCUGAUUAUUCUUUCAGAUUCAUUGGAUCUCUCAAGAAGGUUUUUACCGUGCUACACAAUUCUAAAUUUUCAAAACCAAUUUUGAGAUUGUGGGUGAUUAUGCAUCUAGCAAUCCUGUUACAUGAUUGUAUAUCAAUUUUUUUUUAAGUAUUAUAUCAAGUUUAUAUGAGUUCGUUUGACUCUUGA